AGCGCCCAGUCCAGCACCGCCGCACCGCCGCACCGCACCGCGCCCCGCAGCACCGCGCGGCAGGACCCCGCGGCAGGACCCCGCUGCGCAGCCGGACCCCGGCGUCGCAUCGCAUCGCAUCGCACCGCACCGCGCCCCCUUCUCGCUCCGCAGCCCUGACAGUGUCUCCCACGCCGCGACAGCUUUCAAACCUACUUUGGGGUCUUAAAACGAAACCGUACACCAUUUCACUGUGGACAUUACACCCUCUUACAGAUAUGGGAGACAUGGGAGACCCACCAAAAAAAAAACGCCUGAUUUCCCUAUGUGUUGGUUGCGGCAAUCAAAUUCACGAUCAGUAUAUUCUGAGGGUUUCUCCGGAUUUGGAAUGGCAUGCGGCGUGUUUGAAGUGUGCAGAGUGUAAUCAGUAUUUGGACGAGACCUGUACGUGCUUUGUUAGAGAUGGCAAAACCUACUGUAAAAGAGAUUAUAUCAGGUUAUACGGCAUCAAGUGCGCCAAGUGCAGCAUCGGCUUCAGCAAGAACGACUUCGUGAUGCGCGCCCGCGCCAAGGUGUACCACAUCGAGUGUUUCCGCUGCGUGGCCUGCAGCCGCCAGCUCAUCCCCGGCGAUGAAUUCGCGCUGCGGGAGGACGGCCUCUUCUGCCGGGCGGACCACGACGUGGUGGAGCGGGCCAGCCUGGGCGCCGGGGAUCCCCUCAGCCCCUUGCACCCGGCCCGACCGCUGCAGAUGGCAGCAGAACCUAUCUCUGCCAGACAGCCAGCUCUGCGGCCCCACGUCCACAAGCAGCCUGAGAAGACCACCCGAGUCCGAACUGUCCUUAAUGAAAAGCAGCUUCACACCUUGAGGACCUGCUACGCUGCCAACCCCAGACCCGACGCCCUCAUGAAAGAGCAACUGGUAGAAAUGACUGGCCUCAGUCCGAGGGUCAUCAGGGUUUGGUUUCAAAACAAGCGAUGCAAGGACAAAAAAAGAAGCAUUAUGAUGAAGCAACUUCAGCAGCAGCAACCCAAUGACAAAACUAAUAUCCAAGGGAUGACAGGAACUCCGAUGGUGGCUGCUAGUCCGGAGAGACAUGAUGGUGGUUUACAGGCGAACCCGGUGGAGGUGCAAAGUUACCAGCCACCCUGGAAAGUACUGAGUGACUUCGCAUUGCAGAGUGACAUAGAUCAACCUGCUUUUCAGCAACUAGUUAAUUUUUCAGAAGGAGGACCUGGUUCCAAUUCUACCGGAAGUGAAGUGGCAUCAAUGUCCUCUCAGCUCCCAGAUACGCCCAACAGCAUGGUAGCCAGUCCUAUUGAGGCAUGAGGAAAAUUCAUCCAGAGUUCUGAUGUUGUUUCUGCCCUUAUCCUCAACCCUAUUGGAGAGAGUGGGGAAGUGAUCGUGUUUGGACUCCGAAAUUUAGGUGGGAAAAGUAUUUAUCAGCCCUUUAAUGAACCUGGCAAGGAACCGCUCCAUGAAACAAACGGAGUCAUGUUUGAAAAGAGAAGGUAAUAUGGUAGCAACACUGUGAAGACAAUCAUGGGAUCCUACUAGAAUAAAUGCUAAAACAAACAAGAAACCACCAUGCUACUCAAUGAUCUUGAGGAGGAUCGAAAAGACAUUUUCAAAAUAUAGGGGAUAUGUACUCAUGAAUCUUAAAAAAAAAAAAAAAAAAAAAAAAAAAAAAAAAUUACAUUUGACUGCACAUCUUAGAGAGAAACCAAGAUAGAGGGACUUUCUCCUAACCCGAAUGGUGCUGUUUCUAUAUUGGUCAUUGCCUUGCCAAAAGGAGCUCCGGUAGGUUUUCCAUCAUCAAGAAAGAGACUAUUUAGCCCCGCGUUGUUGAAAGAUUCAUUGCAGGAAGGUGGAGCUGCAUUGGUUUGCAAUGUUGUUUUUAGUUGAUUCUUAACAAGGGGUUGUUUCCUGGGUCUCUUAUAGCAUGUACUGUAGCGGGGUUUUGGUUUGUGUUUGGUUGAGAUCCACCCUCUAUCAAGUCUGAAGUAAUUAAUAAAUAGGUUUUUGAAUUACUCUUUAAAAACCAUUUAUAAAAGCAUUGCAACAAGGUAUACCUCUAUUUUGCCACAAAGCGUCUCGGGAUUGUGUUUGAAAUGUGUCUGUCCAAGAACCUUCCCCUCCCCCAAAGAUGUGUAUAGUCAUCGGUUAAAACGACUGUUUUCUCUUUCUUUCUUUCUCUCUCUCUGUCUCUGUCUCUCUCUCUCUUUCUCUCAAUAAAGAGAAAAAAAAAGUAUAAAAAAAGUAAAAAGAAAAAGGAAAAAAACACCACCUUUUUUGUUUGCUCUUGCAUUGCAAAAUUAUAAAGUAAUUUAUUAUUUAUUAUUGGAAGACUUGCCACUUUUCAUGUCAUUUGACUCUAUUUUUUUUUUGUUUGCUGAAGUAAAAAAGAAAAAAAAAAGAAAAAAGAAAAAAAAAAAGAAAAGAUUGUACCGUGGUCUUUGAAUUAUAUGUCUUAUUCUAUGUGUUUUUUGUCUUUUUUUCCUUAAAUAUUAUGUGAAAUAAAAGCGCCAUAUGUAGAAUUAUUAUAUCUUCAGGACUAUUUCACUAAAUAAGCGUUUGGAAUAGAGAAAAUAAUAAUAGUAAUAAUAAUAAUAAUAAUAAUAAUGAUAAAUAAUGAACAAAGUUCCCUCUUUUAAAUAUUUACAAAUUAGCAGCUAAAAUACCUGAAAUAAAAUAUUGCAUGCAAAGCAGGUCGUUAGUGAAAACAAGGAGUGUGAUAUUUUAUUGCAAGUAUUAACGACCAGCUUGUAAAUUUCCGUUUCAACAACUAUAUCAGGGCUAGUUGGAUGCCUUAGCUUUCAAUCGAUAACAUUAGAAACUCUCUUGUUCCCUCCCCUCCCCCUUAUCCCUUGCCCUUAUAAAAGUGGUAUUACUCUAGGCAUGGUCUGACAUAACUUUAGGACAUCGAAAGAACUGAGAGCUCAGGCUUUUUGCUGAGUUCCAUUAUUUUUUAAAAAAUAUUAAAAAGUAAGUGCUGUAUACCAAAGCCUCGUUGUUGAGAUUGUUGAAGUGACCUGUAUUUUAAGUAUAAGCUCCUGAUAAAAGGGAUGCUUUUUGCUUAACAAGUCAAGUAUGACCAUUAUUUAUCAGUGUCUGCUGUCAAAACGCUUGAAAAAAUGCUGCAGAAGAAAUAGGAUUCGGGGAUAUUGCUAUGAAAUUGCACGAUCGGUGUUCCUUCUUCUCUGUCGACUUCCCUCUCUUCACUCCCUCUUUUCUUCCUUUUUUAAUUUGCGGGGGAGAGGGUGGUGAAGGAUAAAAACGUGGGCGAGUUCUUGGGGAAAAGUGAGAAAGGAAGAAGGAAAAAAAUAACAAAACAGUGGAAAGGGUUGUGUUUGCUCGAAUCCAAGUGUUCCCUAGUGCUCCCGGCCAGCACGAGACAAUGACUCGCCCUAAAAAAUCCUUAACAACUGGAAUAUACAGAGAUUUUUAGGCUGACAAGGACAAGUUGGUUUGCAUGAUAGUUACUCCAAAGCCUGAUGUUUUCUUAACAUAACCUUUUUCUUCCCUCCUCCCCAUUUCAGCUCUCCCUGAGCAAGCUCAGCUAUAGAGACAAACCAUUUCGACAGUAGAAAGAAAAUAAUAAUAAUAAUAACAAUAAUAAUAAUAAUAGAGGUUAAAAGCCUAAUACAAGGAUUUCAAUCAUCCUGAUUAGAAACUGGAUUCAUUUUGUAUGCUCAAGUGUAAUACAUUUUUGAGUACUUGAUAAAUAUUUAAAUAAAUAUGAAAUCUACCUUAAA